AUGCUGUGCUUUCGAAGAGCAGAUAUUGUUGAGAACGAGAAGCUAGUCACACCGACGAGACGGUCGAAGCAGUCGAUCUUACACCGACUGGAUGCAGAGGUAAACCGCGAGCUGACGGCUGCUCACAACCAGGACGUCAAGCGGGCACUAUUUCUGGGAACAGGCGAGUCGGGCAAAUCGACCGUAUUCAAGCAGAUGCGAAUUAACCACGGCGACCACUUUACACAGUUUGAAAAGGUCCAGUUCUCCAAGUUGAUCUGGGCAGACACCCUCCGCUCUAUGCGGGGGCUGGUUUAUCUUGCCGAAACGAGAAACUUGAAGGUUCCAGCUAAACUCCACGACUCAUACCAGACAUUGCUGGGACUAGAUGUUACAAGAGGGGUAAUUGUACAAUCAGAGACCGACCCUGAUGCAAGAAGGUUCCUGGAGCAGCACGUGCCGCCCUCGCCUGGAGGCAAGCCUGAUCCCCUGUCGCCAUCCAUGUCGACGAUUUCCGAAGAAGAUAUGCGGCCCCGAUGCACACACCCCAAGUAUAUGAAGGCCACGCGUGAGCAAAUUGCCCAAGCAGUGUACCUAUUGUGGACAGAAUGGCCAGAACUUCGAGAGUUGUCAAUGCCGGCUAUUUUAGAGUCCAACGGCCCGUACUUUUUUGCCAAAAUACUCGAAUACAGCAGACCCGACUACCAGGCCUCAGCGGCAGACAUUGUAAACGCCCGGCUCAAAACUACCGGCAUUGUCGAAACCACGUUUGACAUCCGGGGAAGUAAGCUGGCGGUUAUCGACGUAGGAGGCCAACGAAUUGAGAGAACCAAAUGGGUGCACUGCUUUGACGACGUCACAUGUGUGCUUUUUGUAGUGGCGGUUUCCGAGUUCGACCUGACCCUCCGCGAAGAUGACCAGGUGAACCGGCUCGAAGAAUCCCUGGAGGUGUUUGACCAGUGUGUCAAUUCCAAAUGGCUGCACGACAAGCCCGUGACACUAUUCCUGAACAAGAUGGACAUUCUCGAGUCCAAACUGGCCUACUGCUCAUUCAAAAAGCAUCACCCCAAUUUCCAGGGAGACGAGCAAAACCCCGAACAGGUCGUGGACUACAUUGAAGGCCUAUUUCGUGCCCGCAUGAAGUCACAAGGUGCAGCCUACCGUGGACUGUACACUCAUCGCACGUGCGCGACUGAUAUCAAGUCCAUGAAAUUUGUUGUCGAGGCGGUAACAGAUAUGGUAUUUGUGAAGAACAUGCAAUGGGCCGGGCUAGUAUAA